UUGUGGACCUGUUACUGAUCCUUUACGCGUUGGGAAAUAUCGACACAGCCGCGUUAGACUUUUAUUUUGUAGAGCUUUUACUUUUUAAAGCUUCAUUUUAGACUCAGUUUAGAUUUGAAUUUAAACUUUUAGUCCUGUUUUCCAUAGUCUAAACCACCGCUGUUGAUGUAGGCCUGCUGCGUCCACAGUAAGGUGGCUCAGUGUCAGUCUGCACAUGGAGACUUACAGGAUGACCCAGCGGCUCUUUUACUAGAAUUAUAUCCUGGCAGGACACGAGCCGAUCAGUGUGAUGAAGGAUCGACUGGCUGAGCUGACUGUUAGCAGGACGCACGCAGAGGAGGAUGUUGCAGUGACGGUGGACCGAGAUGGCUUCAUGGAGGGCUUUUUCAGAAGGGUGGAAGAAGUUCGGGGACUCAUUGAUAAGAUCUCCUACCAAGUGGAGGAGGUGAGGAAGAUGCACAGCAUGAUCCUGUCUGCACCCAACCCGGACGACAGAACAAAGCAUCAACUGGAUAUGCUGACCAACGACAUUAAAGGGAAUGCCAACGUGGUGCGAACUAAACUUAAAUCCAUGGAGCAGAGCAUGCCCAAAGAUGAUGUAGCGAACAGAUCCUCUGUUGACUUCAGGAUCCAGAAAACACAGCACACGGUGCUGUCCAGGAAGUUUGUGGAGGUCAUGACCCAGUACAACGAGACUCAAGUGUCCUUUCGGGAAAGAAGCAAAGGAAGGAUCCAGAGGCAGCUGGAGAUAACUGGAAGAGUGACCACCAAUGAAGAACUAGAGAACAUGUUAGAAAGUGGGAAUCCAUCAAUCUUCACAUCAGAUAUCAUUUCGGAUUCCCAGAUCACACGUCAGGCUGUAAAUGAGAUCGAGUCUCGACACCAGGACAUCAUACGCUUGGAGACGAGCAUCAGAGAGCUCCAUGCGAUGUUCAUGGACAUGGCAAUGCUGGUAGAAACUCAGGGAGAAAUGGUCAACAACAUUGAAAACAACGUCUCCAACGCAGCCGAAUACAUCUGCAGUGCAAAGGAGGAGACCAAGAAAGCAGUGAGAUACCAGAAAAAAUCCCGGAGGAAAUACAUUAUCCUCGCCUUUGCUCUGUUGAUCCUGCUUGCUGUCAUUGCACUAAUUGUUGGCCUGUCUGUUGGACUAACCAAACCACCUGUAUGAGAACUGCUGCGAUUACAGUGCGAGAAACUUCUUUUCCUUGCUGUGUGCGUGGUAGCAGGUUUACUCCUUUUGCUCAUCAUCAUAGUCGGAGUCUUUGAGUGACGGUGUUUACAUGGGUCACAACCUCACAGCAGAUGAAAAAACUCUUCAUAAUGAGAUAAGUCAUAGUAAGUCCUUCACUAUCCAACAGCAUUACACAGAGAGGAUCUCCCGACCACAGCGAAUUAAGUAUAACGUGUGCGAUCCGCUCACAACCUCAUGAUACACCGCCCUGGAGAUUGUACAGCUAGAAUAAACUGUGAUACACUGAACACUGACAGCACAUCAGAUUAAUACUCUGGUGUACGUUCUGUACUGCUGCCAUUUUUUUCAUGUUGGGUAUCACUUUCAGACAUUUCUUGGUCAAAUGACUGUAAAGGAAUAGUUUUACAAUAGUUUGGGGAAUAGGCUUAUUUAGAGUUAGACUAAAACCAAAGGGAAACAGCUAGCCUGGGUCUGUCCUAAAGUAACAAAAAUUACAUGUUUAGGUUCAACAGGGACCUUGCAGACACUAUAAACCACACACAUUAUCAUCAUUUGUAACAGCGAAAGCAGUAAAGCAGCUGCAGAGUCAGAACCACAAAAGGUGGCUUAGGAAAACAAAAUCAUUUAAAAAAUACAAAUAUAGGUAUUUAAGCAGCUAUUAAACAGAAAUAAUGAGGAUAAUUUCAUUUUUUCCCCAAUUCAAUUGGCUUUAUUGGCUUUAAUGUGUUGCCAAAGCACAAUUAUUAUAAUGAGAAUUUAAAAUUCAAAAUUGACAAAAAACAGUCAAGAAAAAAUAAAAUAGAUAAUAAAAUAGAUACAUGUAUUGGAAUAAUAUGUAUAUAUACAGUAUAUAAGUAAUUGAGUUAUUAUUCAAUCAAAUCAAGUAAUUAGAAACAAGAGAUGGCGUCACUGAUGUAUAAAUUGUGUUUAAUCUGCUAAACACUAUAUCUAUACAUCAAUGUUGAUAUUUUUGAACCUCAAAUUAUAGUUUUUAUAUGUUUUAUAACUUGAAUCAAUAAAUAACUUCACUUCAAAAUAAAUGAAUACAUUUGUUGUUGAAGUUUAACUGCCUUCAUGUUUGCGCUGCGGCUGCUGUUGGAUAUACUCGAGACUCACCAGGCGCAGUCACUUCCUGGAGUCUUGUUGUCAUUGUGAGGUUGCCAGGCAACUAGUGGAGGCUCCAGGAAGUCACCGCUUCCAGCACGUAGCCCCCCUCAUAAAAACAACAGUGUGUCAUUUUUACACUUCUGUUUGCGUACGGAUUAAACAAACAAGAUAUAAUAUGGUGGUUUAUGGACCUCAGAACCAGGCUAGCUGUUUCCUUUCGUUUCAUGUCUUUGUGCUAAGCUAAACUAAGCAUAUUUAGCGUACAGACUUGCGAAUGGUAUCAAUCUUCUCAUCGCACUCUUGCCAGGAAAGCAAAUAGGUGUUUUUUUUUUCCGAAAACAUCAAACUAUUUCUUUAAUAUUGAAUAUAUAUUGCGACAAUUGUAAUUGUCUUUAUAAACGGAUUGUAUAGUUUUGUGUUUACAUGUUCACGUGUAUGUUCUUGUCCUUUUGUAUAUUUACUGUAAUUCAUGUGAAUGUAAAAUGUAAAAGUACUGCAGCUCAGGAGUCCUUUAGAGGUAGAAAUUAUAUAAUUACUGUGCACAUUCCUAGUUAACUGUGUCUCAGUCUGAAGAAAUAUUUUUAGAGCAAUCAAAUGGAAAUCAGCAACCUUACAAAAGUGCCUCUUUGACAUUUAAUAUAAUUUAUUGAACCGUAUUUAUCAUGAUCACUGUGUGUGUGAUGACUGAAAUAUUAAUUGUGAAAAAAGUCUGCAACGUAGGACUCUUGGAUAAUGUUAUUUCAAGAGCACACAUUUUAAUUUUUUUAUGUUUUUUUUAAGUUAUAUCUUGUAUUUUAUAUUGACACUGAAUAAUAAAGUGGUGUAA